AUGGUUUCUGUUCGUCAGUUAGUGGCUGGCGUCACGGCUCUGGGCUCUGCCAGUGCCUUUUCCGUGUUUUCUGAGUUCGAAAGGGCUCAGAAUGAUUUUAGCGUUGUCAACCCUGUUAAAAACGCUUUGCAAUCGAUUAGAAAACCCAACCCAAAUGCUGGAUUUUCCGUGUUCAAAACUGACAAAGAUGACGAUUACAGGUUAAGAAUUAAAACGAUUGACCCCGAAAAACUUGGCAUCGAUACUGUCAAACAAUAUUCCGGAUACCUGGAUUUCCAAGAUUCGAAGCAUUUCUUUUAUUGGAUGUUUGAAUCUAGAAACGAUCCCGAAAAUGAUCCUGUUAUCCUUUGGCUCAAUGGAGGCCCCGGCUGUUCUUCUUUCACUGGACUGUUUUUCGAAUUAGGGUCAUCUUCGAUCGAUGAAAACUUGAGCCCCGUUUUCAAUCCGUAUUCGUGGAAUAACAACGCCACGGUUAUCUUUCUGGAACAGCCUUUGGGUGUUGGAUUUUCGUACGGGAACGAGAAAGUCACCAGUACUCGUGCCGCGGGAAAAGAUGUCUACAUCUUCUUGGAAUUAUUUUACCAGAAAUUUCCUCUAUUAAGAAGAAAUGCGCUUCAUAUCGCAGGAGAAUCCUAUGCAGGGCAUUACAUUCCCCAGAUUGCACAUGAGAUCGUUGUUUCGCAUGGUGGCGACAGAACUUUCAAUUUGACAUCGAUUCUCAUUGGCAAUGGUAUUACUGAUUCGCUAGUACAAAACAACUAUUAUAAACCUAUGGCUUGUGGUGAGGGAGGCUAUGAACCCGUUCUUACGGAACACGAAUGUGAACGUAUGGAUCGUGAUAUUGGAUUGUGUAAUGCACUUACAAGAAACUGCUACUCGCAAGCGUCGGCAUUUGCUUGUAUCGCGGCUCAAACUUACUGCGACAGAGUCACGCUCGAACCAUACCAAAAGACAGAACUCAAUUUUUACGACAUUCGUGGACCUUGUGAGACCGAUGGUGGUCUCUGUUACCGCGAAAUCGAUUAUAUUGAAAAAUUCAUGAACCAGCCUUUUGUUCAAGAAGCACUUGGCUCGGAAGUGUCCAAAUAUGAAGGAUGUAGUAAUGACGUUGGAAUUGGGUUUGUUUUUACAGGAGAUGGGAGUCGUCCGUUCCAUCAAUACGUCGCUGAGCUACUCGAUGAAGACAUCCCGGUAUUGAUUUAUGCCGGUGACAAGGACUAUAUAUGCAACUGGUUGGGCAAUCUUGCUUGGACAAAUGAGCUCGAUUGGGAAUUUCGGGACCAAUAUGAAUACCUUCCAUUAAAACCGUGGAAAACCAAAGAAACAACUGAAGUGGCAGGUCAAGUGAAAAAUUUCGGACCUUUAACUUUUUUGAGAGUGUACGAUGCAGGUCAUAUGGUACCAUAUAACCAACCGGAGCAUAGUCUUGAAAUGGUCAACACUUGGCUAUUUGGAGACCGCUCCUACGGUUACUGA